AUGUGUGUACAUGUUUUUGGCAACAGUCCUACGCCGGCUGUUGCCACCUACGGUCUACGGAGAUGUGCUGAAGAUUGUGGCAAUCCUUGUGACGUGGACUUGCAGGAGUUCGUGAUUCGCAAUUUUUACGUUGAUGACGGUUUAAUGUCCUUUCCCACAGUAACCGAGGCGGUCGACGUUCUUAAGAGAGCUCAGAGAGCACUGUUGGAAGGAGGGAACCUGAAACUCCACAAAAUUGCAUCCAGUAGUGAAGAGGUGAUGUCACAGUUUCCUGCUGCUGAUUUGGCGAAGACAUUAGAGCCACUAGACUUGCCACAUGAUGAACUGCCACUCCAUCAUAGCCUGGGUAUAGCAUGGGAACUAUCCACAGAUACCUUUACUUACCACACAUCUGAAAACCAGAAACCGUUCACAAAGCGAGGUCUUCUUUCAACGGUGAAUUGGAUUUUCGAUCCAUUGGGCUUCUUGACGCCGAUUAUCAUCAAGGGCAAGAUUAUUAUGCGUGAUGCUGGGAAUGAAGCAAAUGGCUGGGACGAUUCCUUAUUGCCUCACACUGAGAAGGUUUGGAGGUCUUGGACUGAACAGCUGAGCAAGCUUUGUGAUAUACAUAUCCCUAGAUGUUUCCUGACUGUGUCUUUCUCGAAGUGUGUUACAAGAACUUUGCAUAUCUUCUCUGACGCAUCUGAGUUAGCAGUAGCUGCAUGUGCAUUCCUCAGAGGUAUCGACGAGGAUGGAGAGGUCUUCACUGGAUUUGUCUUCGGGAAGUCGAAGGUUGUGCCGAAGCACGGCCACACAAUACCACACCUCGAGUUAUGUGUUGCUGUUUUAGCUACCGAAAUCGGCGAGAUGCUUUCGGAACAGUUGGACAUUCCCCUCGAUCACAUGCGUUAUUAUACCGACAGCCGAGUAGUGCUUGGAUAUCUUACAAAUGAACGUAGGAGAUUCUAUGUUUAA